ACCACCAAAGAGGAAACUUAAAAAAAGUACAAAAGACAUGAUCACACUCAAACUCACUUCUAGCUAAUAUUCAGUUUUCCUUAGGUAAUCCACCACUUCUAACCAUAUCAUAUGUCUAUAAAUUAAAAACCCAAUAAUCUAAUCUUAACUAUUCUCACACAAAAACACUCAUCCAUGGCUGAAGGAGGCGAAUCAAAGAUAGAAAGCAGUCAAGUUAAAGAAACAACAAAAUGCAAGAAUUGGAUAGUUCCAUUCCUUAGAUUGAUAUGUUUUUCCGCAACUGCCUCAGCGACAUUAGUUAUGGCCUUAAAUAAGCAAACUAGAACUAUUGUUGUCGCCACCAUCGGAAGUUCCCCUAUAACUGCCACUAUUACUGCCAAGUUUCAACACACGCCAGCCUUUGUCUUCUUUGUGAUAGCUAAUGGCAUUGCUAGUCUUCAUAACUUAUUGAUCCUAUCAAUAACUUUUGGAAACUUACUGAGUUUCAAGAUCUUUCAGGCUCAGUAUCUAAUCAUUGCAAUUCUAGACAUGAUUAAUGUAGCACUGGUAUCAGGAGGGGCUAGUGCAGCAGCUUUCAUGGGUGAAUUGGGGAAGAAUGGGAAUAAACAUACCAUGUGGAACAAGAUUUGCGACAAAUUUGAUACCUUCUGUGACCAUGCUGGUGGUGCAUUAAUUGCCUCCUUUGCCGGGCUUCUUCUGUUAAUUGUCAUCUCGGCUUUAUCUAUUGCUAAACUCCGAACCCUCGAAUUUCCUCCUAAGAAGUCUGUUGCUCCCUGA